AUGACUUUAAAGAUGGACCAACAUGUCAAAGCUUUUGAUUGAAAUCUUUGAUUUUAAUUGAAAUUUUCAGAUUAAAAUCUUUAAUUUUGAAAUUCAGAUUGAAAUUCAGAUUGAAAUCUUUGAUUUUUUACAAGUCAUGCUAUACCUUUGGAUCAAUCAAGUUAAUUGGAAACCAUUUAUUUUUUUAAAGAAAAUGACUUGAAGCUUAAAUCCAAAACAUAUUCUUCAGAAAAUUGUAUAAGUUAUUUGACUGAGUUCGAGAAUGAUCAAAUAUUGAAUGAUUUAACCUCCACAAUCACAAGACAUCUUUCAUAUUUUUGAUGCCCAACUUCUAUUUAACAAAAACAUAAAGUGACAUGUUUUAUCCUCAAGGAAUUACACUCUGCAAAAAAGAAAAACUGAGUUUAAUAUGGUUAGCUGCAAACUAUGAUCCUGAAAAAUACAAGAAAAUGAUAUCAGCUAAAGAUUGCGAAAACGUGAAUAUUGCUCGUAUAUGUCAUUCAAUAAUAAAUCCAAAGUUUCCAUUUGCUUUACGACUUUCAGCUCAACUCAUGCUAGGUACAGUUCGAAUCUAUCGAACCAAAACAAAAAUUCUAUUAUAUACUGCUGAACAAAUGAUGCUAAAAUUGAGUACCAUAUUGAAAGAAGUUAAUUAUAAAUCAUGUGACUUGCCUGUUGCUACUUUAAGAGAAGACGUAAUUACACUACCUGAUUUUCUUAACUGCGAAAGCAUAAUAGAUUAUACUUUAGGUCCAUUGUAUUUGGAUGCUAAUAUGCUGUUACAUAUAAGGGAAGCUGAUUUUUUUCCAAUUAAUAAUACUCCUUUACAAUCACCUGUGAAGUUUGAAAAGCAUAAAAAUAGAGAAACGAAAUUUAGUAGUCCAUUAACAGUAAGUAAUCGACAAAUAAGCAUAGAGGAAUCAAUUUUCUCUCCAUCAAAAACAGUAAUUCAGUUGCCUGGUGUUGAGGAAUUCGAAGGGAAUGAUUUUGGACCAGCUCAAGCUGAGUUUUUGCACGACUUAAAUUUUGAUCAUGCCCCAUUGUUGAGACCAAACUACAAAAAGAGGUUAGCUCCGUUGUUUGAAAAUGAAGAGGAUUUAAAUUUAACAAAAAACAAAAAAGAUUACUUUGAAAAUGUUGACAGAACACUUCUUAGAUCACCACAAAUCCAAAGAAAAGAUGACUUGAAAACUCCUUUAGCUGACACAUUUCUUCCUCUGGAAACUGAUAUUGAUGGGCUUCAUAAUGAAACUGAUUAUGUUACUACCCUUCCCACCAAUUUCGCUGAUGAAACUGAAGUUGCAACUGUUAUGGUGGAAAAGACUGUUAAGGGAAAAAAACAGAAUUGGAAUUGUAAUCUUGUUACUCCUGCAGAAGCUAUUAUUUUAAAACCAAAUGCUAGCAACCCAAAAAGAAAACGAAAACUUUUUGUUGAUGAUGAAAUUGCGUUAAGUAGUCAGCAAAUUAAAAGUAACUUAGCAACACCAGAUACACUUUUAAAAACACCGAUUAUUGCAGGAACAGCACUUCCAAAUGCCAAAUCACUUUUCCUAUGUCCAUCAUUUAUUAGUUUAUCUAAAAAUAAAAAGCUAAAAACUUGGUGGGAUAAUAACUCUUGUUGGCAAAAGAUUUCGUUAGAUGAUCUCAUCCUAGGUGAAAAACUGAAUCAUGUUUCUGGUGAAACAGAGAUUUUAAAAAGUCCUGAGCAUUUAAGACGCGAUGAUGAAAGUUUAGGUAGUAUAGAAAUUGCUAGAAAUGCAUCAUCCAGCAUGCGAUCUUUAGAACAGUCAGCCGGCAGCACUUUAUUAGUUGAAAAGACACCACUAAACGAUGAUGACCCACAAAUGUUGUUUGGUAUGGAAAACAUGAUUGAUUUUAAUGAUAUGCAGCAUUUUUCAAGCCCUAGGAUCUCAGGUAUUGGAGCACUACCAAAUGAUAUCAUUGUAGACUUGAAUGAUCAACCUGGACUUGAGCCUGUUUUAGAACAAGAUGAAACUCUCUUGGAAACUGACAAUGAAAAUCAGGAAAUGUCCAAGCGUUUUCUUGGCUUUCAAAGAAAAAUUCAACUAGCAAUAUUGCACAGACCUUCUGUUGAUUUUUUUGAUGUUUUUCCAACAUAUUGUAACAGUCGAAAAGAUAUUGCAAUUGCUUUUUACACUGCACUAAAUUUACAUCGUUGUGGAAAGAUAACUCUUAAUCAAAAAGAAAUAUUUGGACCAAUUACUAUUUCGUCAAAUUAAAUUUAUUUAAAAAAGUUUUAAAAUAUUAAAUUAUAUAGCAAGUAUUAAUUUAACAAAAUAUUCCGCUUACGAAGAAAGUACUGAAUUGUCUUUUGAACUGAAUAUUUCAAAAGUUUUAUCUAAACCGAAGCUAUUUUUUUUUAAAGAAUUAUAUUCAAAAUAUAGAAGAUAUAUUUUACAAGGAGAUAAAAAUAAUGUUUU